AUGUCAGGAUACUAUGGUAAGACGUAUUAUCCACCACACUCGCGGUCGUCUAGAGGCUAUAGUUCUCAUGGACGACGUAAUGAGAAGCGAUACAACGGCCAUGGAUCAGGAAGCGGAGCGGCAAGACGCAAGAGCUACGCGAGAGGGGAUCAUUACCUAGCAGACGAGCAUAGAUAUUCGAACACUUAUGUGUCAUCAGUAGAAAAGAUGCAGCCAAACUUAAUCAGGCCCAGUCCGGAGUUGAGAUACGCAAGCGACAACUUCAAGGAGAAAUUUCACUAUUUUGACCCCAUCAAGAAAGUUUUAAUUCACAAAGAUGACAUGCGCUCCUGGGUUUCUGAUAAGCUACCUUCAACGGGCUAUGUAAUCGUACAGGAUAUGACUACUGGGCGAUCCAGACCGAUAAUGAAACAAAGACACCCAGAACAGAAAGCUACAGAUCCCAGGUCUAAGGAUAACGUAGUCGCCUUUCAGACAACCAGAAAGCUACGAAGCUGUCUAGUUCAGGUACCACGAAUUGCAUAUGAUGUCCAUUCUGUUGGCCCACCACCUCCCAAUGAAGUGGUGGUCUACCCUUUGGUGCGUGACCAAUCAAACUCUAUUCAAGAUAGUGUAAUAAAGGGCUAUUUUUCGGGUUUCGGAGAGAUUUCCCACUUUGAAUCUUUUAAUGACCCCAAUAGUGCACUACCACUCUAUGUCUAUUUAAUCCGCUUUACGGGCCCUCAGGGCAUCCUUGAUGCGCCUUACAGAUCAGUCUAUAAGGCUGUUAAGGCUCAUGAAACAAAAAGCUGCUUUAUUUCGGGAUUCAAAUUUGCUGUUGUUGCCAACAAGAAUGGUCAUGUCAAUAAAAUCAUCAACAAAUUAGUAGAUGAAAAUGCUAAACAAGCUUUAACAAUAAAGAAAGAAUUAGAACGCCAACAGAAAAAGAAUAGCGUUCAGACUGGUCCUCCUGCUCCGAAGAAAAUACCAAAGGAUUUAGAAAAGGUUGUGAAUGGCAGGUAUUGUUUGUAUGUCCCGAGGAAGUUCGUUUCGAUACAUGGGUUGAAGACAGAGGAUUUCAAGGUUAAGCUUGCAAAAUACAAGUGGUCUCGAGUGUUGGAUCAUUUUUCUGGAAUAUACAUCGUUUUCAAUGAAAAAACAGAUGCAUACGCAUGCCACGCGAUGGAGUCCGAAAAGCUUGUUCUGCUUUCAAGAAGAAAACACUCAUCCCUCAAGAUAAGAUUUCAAAUAAUAGAAGGGACCAAUCAACCAGGAGCCAUUUUUGAUAAGGACUCUAAAAAUGCUACUAAAAAGCAGUAUAACACAAAGGAUGAAAUUGUAGAUGCUGCUAUCGAUUACAUAUUGAAUGACUUGAAAGAUGCCUUAGACAGAGACAUUCGUAGGCGACUAAUAGGGCCUGCCGUUUUCGAUGCUCUAAACCCCCACAACUAUCCAGAGAUAGUAUCGAAGAGGGAAGAGGAAGAAAAAAAGAAGCUUGACUUGAAAAAAGCCGCCGAGAUAAGGCUUAAACAAGAGUCAAAUACAUCUUCUUUUGAUAUCUUCAAUUUGUAUGGUGCUGGAUUCGCAAAUAAGAAAAAUAGCCGAAAAGUUACACUUAAAAGGAAGAGAAACGAUGAAUCGGUGUUUGAAGACGGGAACAGCGCUCGUGAUUUACACGUCAAACGAAGUCAUGCGAGUGCCGCUAUGAAGCCGAUGGCCCACUUGUUGAAUGAAGAGUCUAUCUCCAGAGAACAAACUCCGUUCAUAGAUAGCGCGAAAGACUCUGAUCUCGAACUCUCAUCUUCCUCGGAAGAAAAUGACGAAUACGAAGAGACUGCCGAUUUCACCGACCACGCCGAUCAGAACAAAUUAAAGAGCGAGUCAUCAGAAGUCACUACACCUGAAUUAGAAACGGAGAAAUUCAUUCUCUCAAAUGCAAGAACUGAAGAGCUGCUGAAAAUUCCAGAAAAGUAUCGUCCAAAGAUCUCACCACAACCAGCAACUAUAUUCCCAGAAGAACCAUUCGAUCUUUGCCAAGACAAGAAACUAUCAAUUCUAGACCUACAGACAGCAAUCAAGGAUGACGAGGACAUGCAUAUCUUAAAUAAACUUGUCAAUUUUGAUACUAAAGAGAUUCCAGAAAAACCAGUGACAAACAUUGAUUACUAUAUGUGGAAGUUGAACAAGGAAUCUCAAAGGCGCAAUGAAGUAUUGGCCUCCCAAGAGCAAAUCAAUGAAGCUGGAUUUGAUAAUAUAUUAAAGAGUGUAUCAGGCUGCUUCAAAGCAGAUGGAUUUAGAAGAAUUCCGGAUAGCAUCAAGGCUUCAUAUCUUCCACAUCGUAGAAAGCUGCACCAGCCUUUGAAUACAGUACUUCACCAUCAGGACGGUCCUGAAACGACCUCUGAAAUGCAUAGAGAAGACUCUGAGAAAACUGAGUUCGAUAAUCACACGCCAGAGGCGACUUCAUCAAGAGUCAAUAGGGCAAUGAAUAGGAGGUUCCAGCAGGAUAUCGAAGCACAGAAAGCAAUAAUCGGUUCUGAAUCAGAACUACUCACCUUAAAUCAAUUAACUAAGCGAAAGAAACCAGUGACUUUUGCUCGCUCCGCAAUCCACAACUGGGGAUUAUACGCUUUGGAACCGAUUGCAGCCAAAGAAAUGAUUAUUGAAUAUGUUGGUGAGAUUCUACGGCAACCGGUAGCUGAAAUGCGGGAGAAGAGAUAUCUAAAAAGUGGAAUUGGUUCUAGCUAUCUAUUCAGAGUAGACGAAAACACAGUAAUUGAUGCCACCAAAAAAGGAGGCAUUGCAAGAUUCAUAAACCACUGCUGUGACCCCAGCUGCACGGCAAAAAUUAUAAGAGUUGGUGGGGGGAAAAGAAUUGUCAUAUAUGCUCUGCGCGAUAUUGCCGCCAACGAAGAGUUAACUUAUGACUAUAAAUUUGAAAGAGAAACUGAUGACGAAGAAAGACUACCUUGUCUUUGUGGAGCACCUAAUUGUAAGGGCUUUUUGAAUUAG